AUGAUUUUUCAUCAUUGGUUUAAACAUAAGACUAAUUUUUUAAAUGGGUAUAAAUUGAAAAAUAUCUAUCAAAUAUAUAUGGUUAAAAUGAAAAGUAAUAAUAUAUUAUUGAUCGUGGUAAUUGUUCAUCUCUUUGCAGCAAGUUUAUUAUUUUUCUCAAUAUGUUCGAGCUCUCAUAUAACUUUAAAUAUUACAACUGGUAUAGAUAAUUCAACAAAAUUGUUAAAUACACAAUCAGAAGAAAAAUCAAUUAAAUACAAAGAGAACAGAUCAUUAUAUGUUGAUAAAUUCAUUCAGCCUCAAUUUCACAACAAAAAAAUUGAUCUCCGCAAUUUUAAUUACAAAGGAAAAUGCCAAGAAAUUUUUAAAUUUAAACCCAAUAAUAAAAGAGAUCUGUGGUUGACAGCAGUUGGGUUUCAGAACAAAAAUUACUGGGACAGAAAUCGGAAUGAAAUUCUUUUAAGUUAUGCGGUAUCCAAUUCAUCAAUUCCAAAUGCGGAUAAAGUUGUUAUUCUUCUUCCGGGAGGUUAUCCAAAAGAAUUUAGUAAAAUAACAACUCAAUUUGGCUUAAGAUUGGUCAAUUCGGAUAUAAAUGACGACCCAAAAUAUUCAAGUUGCCACGAUGCAACAAAAAGAAUUCCAGCAUUCAGAAAAUUCAUCGAAAAAAACAAAGAAAAGUAUGAUAGAGUUUUAAUUAGUGAUCAUAGAGAUGUUUUUAUUUUUGCAGACUUUUUUCAGACGUUUUCUCAAGAAGAUUUGGUUUUUACUCCGGAGUGUGGAAUAAGAGGAAAUACUUGUAUGACGUUUGAUUGGUCACAUGUGUACACGUGGAUGAGGGAGACUUAUGGAUAUCAAAUUGCAAACGAAUACAGAAAUAACAGAUCACUCAAUAUCAACAUUGGGACAAUAUUUGGAGGGACUGAUAGAAUAUUGAAGUAUUUGGAUUUGAUGGAAAGAAACAUCAAAACAAACAAAUGUAAGUUGUGGGGACAUGACCAAACUGUACAUAAUAUGGUGUUCUAUUCUUACUUUUAUAAAAAAGAUAAAAACGUAACUGUUGAAAGAUGUACCCAAAGAAUGUGUUUUUUACAGAUGGGUAGUUUGCUGUACAAUUCAAAAGAAAAACAAUUGAAAAUAGCGGAUAGUGGAUGUUCGCCAAUUUUAAGACAUAAAGUGCCAGAAAUCAGCACAGGAGAAAAUUGGAGGUAA